AUGUUCUUCAUGAAGGUCAGCCCAGCUUUAGCCGCAGGGUGCACCAUGGUUGUCAAGCCUGCUGAGCAGACACCUCUUUCUGCUCUCUAUUAUGCUUAUUUGUCCAAGCUGGCAGGUAUCCCGGAUGGAGUAAUCAAUGUUGUAACAGGAUAUGGACCGACUGCUGGUGCUGCCAUUUGCUCUCACAUGGACAUUGAUAAAGUUAGUUUUACAGGGUCCACAGAGGUUGGACGUCUAGUAAUGCAGGCUGCAGCAAUGAGCAAUUUAAAACCUGUCUCCCUUGAGUUAGGAGGCAAGUCUCCUUUCAUGGUUUUUGAUGAUGCAGAUGUUGAUACAGCCACGGAUCUCGCUCUCCUGAGUACCAUGCAUAACAAGGGUGAACUCUGUGUUGCUGGUUCUCGUGUUUUCGUUCAGGAAGGAAUUUAUGAUGAGUUUGUGAAGAAGCUGGCGGAGAAGGCAAAAACAAGGGUGGUUGGGGACCCUUUUGAUCCUGCUGUUCGUCAAGGACCCCAAGUGGACAAGACCCAAUUCGAAAGGGUACUUUCAUACAUUGAGCAUGGGAAGAGGGAAGGUGCCACCUUGUUAACUGGUGGUAAGCCUUGUGGUGAAAGAGGAUAUUAUAUCGAGCCAACAAUAUUUACUGAUGUCAAGGAUGAUAUGACAAUUGCAAAGGAAGAGAUAUUUGGACCUGUUAUGUCACUUUUGAAGUUCAAGACCAUUGAGGAGGUGAUUACGAGAGCUAAUGCUACAAAAUAUGGCCUAGCAGCAGGCAUAGUGACCAAUGACUUGAACAUUGCCAACACUGUUUCGAGAUCGAUUCGAGCCGGUGUCAUCUGGAUUAAUUGCUAUUUUGCAUUUGAUAGAGAUUGCCCCUAUGGAGGGUACAAAAUGAGUGGGUUUGGGAGAGACUUGGGUAUGGAUGCCCUGGAUAAAUAUCUACAUGUUAAAUCUGUUGCCACUCCCAUAUAUAAUUCUCCAUGGCUGUGA